UGUGAAUGAAGCAGUGUUUCGCCGUGCCAUGGUGUCAUAAGACAAACUCUAGUCAACUUUACAAGAUUGGACGUUUUUUGUUCGGACGGCUGUUUUGCAGACUCGCUCUUCACACCAUGUCUCCAGCUAAAGCGGCUGCAGGAUAUAGAUGCCCGCUGGAGGCUGAACUGAAAGAAGUGCUGCAACAAAGGAUUAUGGUCCUGGAUGGUGGCUUAGGAACAAUGAUCCAGCAGCAGAACCUUGAAGAGGAAGAUUUCAGGGGGGACAGAUUUAAAGACCACCCCUUUCCUCUGAAGGGCAACAAUGACCUUCUCAGCAUCACACGGCCGGACAUCAUUUACCAAAUCCACAAGGAGUACCUGGAUGCUGGUGCUGACAUCAUAGAGACCAACACAUUCAGCAGCACAGCUGUGGCCCAGGCGGACUACGGACUGCAACACCUGGCUUAUCACCUGAACCGGGCAUCGGCGGAGUUGGCCCGGAGAGCAGCCAGCAGUGUCACCAAACAAACAGGUUGUAAACGGUAUGUGGCCGGUGCAGUAGGUCCCACCAAUAAAACGCUGUCUGUUUCACCUUCUGUGGAGAAGCCCGACUUCAGGAACAUAACAUUUGAUGAGCUUGUAGAAGCCUACACAGAGCAAGUCCGGGGUUUACUAGAUGGAGGAGCUGACAUCAUAUUGGUUGAAACCGUCUUCGACACUGCUAAUGCUAAGGCGGCGUUGUUUGCCAUCGACCUGCUGUUUGAAACGGCCUACCAGCCCAAACCUGUGUUUAUCUCAGGGACCAUCGUCGACCGGAGUGGUCGGACAUUGUCUGGCCAGACAGGAGAAGCCUUCAUGGUGAGCGUGUCCCACGCCAAACCGCUCUGCAUUGGCUUGAACUGUGCUCUCGGGGCCACAGAGAUGAGGCCUUUCAUUGAAGCUUUGGGGAAUUGCACCACAGCGUUCGUUCUCUGCUACCCGAAUGCAGGUCUUCCCAACACUUUUGGAGGAUAUGACGAAACACCAGAAGUAACAGCCUCCUGUUUAAAGGAGUUUGCGUCUGAUGGGCUCUUGAAUAUUGUGGGCGGUUGUUGUGGGACUACUCCAGCACACAUUAGAGCGAUAUGUGAGGCAGUCAAACAGUGCAAACCAAGGACUCCUGCUGCAGAUAUUUAUCAAGACUACUUGCUGCUCUCAGGUUUAGUGCCCUUCAGGAUCGGCCCUUACACCAACUUUGUCAACAUUGGGGAGCGCUGUAAUGUGGCCGGGUCACGCAAGUUCGCAAAGUUGAUCAAGGCAGGACACUACGAGGAGGCACUCAGCAUCGCCAAGACACAGGUCGAGAUGGGGGCUCAGAUCCUGGACAUAAACAUGGAUGAGGGGAUGUUGGAUGGACCAGUGGCCAUGGCGCGGUUUUGUAACUUCAUUGCUUCUGAGCCAGACAUUGCAAUGGUUCCUCUUUGUAUCGACUCUUCUGAUUUCUCAGUCAUCGAGGCUGGAUUGAAAUGCUGUCAGGGGAAGUGUAUCGUCAACAGUAUCAGUCUGAAGGAAGGGGAGCAGCAGUUCCUGCUCAGAGCUGCUACUGUGAAGCGCUACGGGGCCGCUGUGGUGGUAAUGGCCUUCGAUGAGGAGGGACAGGCUACUGAUACAGAGCGUAAAGUCGAGAUCUGCACUCGAGCGUACAAGCUGUUAGUCACUGAAGUGGGGUUUGACCCUCCGGACAUCAUCUUUGACCCAAACAUCCUCACUAUCGGCACAGGCAUGGAGGAACACAAUGACUAUGCCAUCAACUUCAUCAGGGCAACGGAGAUGAUCAAGAGGACAUUACCACGAGCCAGGGUGAGCGGAGGUCUGUCCAACCUGUCCUUCUCCUUCCGAGGAAUGGAGGCCAUUCGAGAAGCCAUGCACGGAGUGUUUCUCUACCACGCUAUCAAGGUUGGGAUGGAUAUGGGCAUCGUGAAUGCGGGGAAUCUGCCAGUGUACGAUGACAUUGAUCAGGAGCUGCUGUUACUGUGUGAAAACCUGAUCUGGAACAGAGACGCAGAUGCUACUGACAAACUACUGUUCUAUGCACAGAACAACGUAAAAGAAGGGAGGAAGGUGAUCCAGACAGACGAGUGGAGGGAGAACAGUCCGGAGGAGAGGCUGGAGCACGCACUCAUUAAGGGAAUAGAGAAGUACGUGGUGGAAGACGUGGAGGAGUGUCGAGCUCAGCUUCACCGGUAUCCUCGACCUCUGCAUAUUAUUGAGGGACCCCUGAUGAACAGCAUGAAAGUGGUUGGUGAUCUCUUUGGAGCUGGCAAGAUGUUCCUUCCUCAGGUGAUCAAGUCAGCUCGAGUUAUGAAGAAGGCGGUGAACUAUCUGAUUCCUUUCAUGGAGAAGGAACGGGAGAUGAUGGCAGCUUCAGGAACAGCUGACAACAUGGUUAGUCAAAACCUAGAGCUGGAUCCAUACCAGGGCACCAUUGUUCUAGCUACAGUGAAGGGAGAUGUCCAUGAUAUUGGCAAGAACAUCGUUGGUGUGGUGCUGGGUUGCAACAACUUCAGAGUGGUUGAUCUUGGUGUGAUGGUUCCCUGUGACCAGAUCCUCAGAGCUGCCAUCAGUCAUAAAGCAGAUAUUAUUGGUUUGUCUGGUCUGAUUACUCCCUCUCUGGAGGAAAUGAUACAUGUGGCCAAAGAGAUGGAAAGACUGGGAAUGGUGACGCCACUACUGAUUGGGGGAGCCACCACGUCAAAGACACACACAGCAGUGAAGAUUGCUCCUCGCUACAGUUCACCGGUUGUCCAUGUCCUGGAUGCUUCCAGGAGUGUGGUGGUGUGUUCCCAGCUACUGGAUAGUGUGGUGAGGGAGGAGUACUUUGAGGACCUGAAAGAGGAGUAUGAGGACAUCAGACAGGAGCACUACGAGUCCCUGAAGGACCGUCGAUAUCUGUCUCUGUCCCAGGCCAGAGAGAAGGCUUUACGGGUCGACUGGCUCUCCCUCCCUAGACCAGUGCGUCCUCAGUUCCUGGGCAUUCGUGUGUUUGAGCACUACGACCUAAACAGGCUUGUGGACUUCAUUGACUGGAAACCUUUCUUUGACGUCUGGCAGCUCAGAGGAAAAUAUCCCAACAGAGGAUACCCCAAGAUCUUCAAUGACAAGACAGUUGGUUCAGAAGCUCACCGAGUUCAUGGCGAAGCCCAGCGCCUCCUCAACCAGAUGAUUGACAGCAGCAGUCUGAAGGGGCGGGGCCUAGUCGGGUUCUGGCCGGCUCAGAGUGACGGUGACGACAUCAACGUGUACAGAGAUGAUGUGACAGGGCACAGAAACACCGAACCGCUGGCCACAUUCCACGGCUUACGGCAGCAGGUGGAGAAGGACAGUUCGAGCUCGGCGGACCCCUACCUGUGUAUUUCGGACUUUGUGGCCCCGGCAGAGUCCGGGGUCUUGGACUACAUCGGUGUGUUUGCUGUUGGUGUGUUUGGAGCUGAAGAGCUGAGUCGGCAGUUCCAGGCUCGAGGCGACGACUACAGCAGCAUUCUGAUCAAAGCUCUGGCUGACCGGCUGGCUGAGGCCUUUGCUGAGGAACUUCAUGCGCGUGUCCGUAAGGAACUCUGGGGCUACUGUGCAGACGAGGCUCUUGAGACUGCAGAUCUCCACAAAGUUCGAUACCAGGGCAUCAGACCAGCAGCUGGUUACCCCAGCCAGCCCGACCACACUGAGAAAGUCACCAUGUGGAGCCUGGCCGGGAUCCUGGAGAAGACCGGAAUCGGUCUGACGGAGUCCUUGGCCAUGACUCCUGCUGCCUCCGUGUGUGGACUUUACUUCUCCAACCCUCGGGCAUCAUACUUUGCUGUGGGAAAGAUCACCAGAGAACAGGUGGAGGACUACGCAAAGAGGAAGGAUGUGAGCGUGGAGGAGGUGGAGAGAUGGCUGGCCCCUAUAAUGGGUUACAACAAUGAGUCCUAGAGUCCAGCGGGUCCAGCAGUGAUCUGGACUACAGAGGGAUCAGGGCCGAACACAAAAACACUGGCCCGUCUCAGCGGUCCACCUGGUUCUAAACCCGAGAGUCCAAAUCAUUUUACCUAAAAUCCCAGUCACGGGUGUCAUAGUGCUUCUACAUGGACUAAAGAUGGUUUUAAGUUAGAGGGAACCUGUCAUUUUAUGAUUUUAAAUCCUGUAAAUUGAACUGAGCUGCACAAAAGCUACAAUCACACAGUUUGUUAAAUACUGUUCAUCUGGAAAGUAGUCACAGCACUUCACUUUUUCCACAUUUUUUUCUUCCAGCCUUAUUCCAAAAGGGAAUAAAUUCAUUUUUCUCUCAAAAUUCUACUCACAACACCCCAU